UGUAAACCGCUUUCUGGUUGCUCUUCUAGACACAGAAACAGAGGAAGAGCUAGAAGGAGAAACAUAUCCCAACAAACUCAUUCCUUCUUCUCCCUCUCCCUCUCCCUCUCCCUCUUCAUCUAAACCUAUAUAUUAUAUUCAGAUGCCAUAAUCAUCCAUCCUCGUUCUUCUCCUUUCGCUUUUGCGAAUGGCGAUUCUUCUCUCUCUCCACAGUACUUCUCUGCCGCCUGCCGAUCUCUGUGUUCCUUCUUUACUAUAAUAAAACCCUUCUCUUUUUUGAAUCGCUAUGCGUUGGUUAUCUUCCCUUUCCUUGUCCCAUUCUCAUGGUCUCAAAUCCUCCUCUACCUCUUCUUCUUUUUCCACCUCCGACGUUGACCACCCUAAGAAGAAGUCUGCAGAUGCCAGUCGGGGUUUGGGUGGCGUUUGGCCUUUCGGUAUCGGCAAAAAGGCUAGCCGCCCCAAGACGCUCCGGCCUAUAGGUGAUAGUGAUGGCAGGUCCCCUCCCAGGUGGCAUGAUUCCGAUGAUGACGUUCUUGUGCCCUUGGCUCAUUCCACGACCCCCUCUGAUCGUCAAUUUAGUCGUUCCAAUACAACGUCCUUUUCUUCCUCCUCCGUCGCACCUCAACCCUUGCCCUUGCCGGACGCGGCGCUCUCUCGCCACAUAGACGCUGAUUGCCCUUUACCUUUCCCGAAAGAUGUGGCCGGACCCAACAGCGCUGCGAAAGGGCUACCAGAUCGCGAUCGAGCUGAUGGCGUGAUGGGCGGGGUCUCCUCUGUUUUUCGAAUUCAGAGUGUGUUUGCUAGCCCGGGCGUAAAAAAGAAUAAGGCGCAAGCGGAAAUGGGGUCAUCUGUGAUGAUGCGUCAGGAUCUAAGUGGUAGCGAAAGUAAUCAAGUUAACUUCCGCAUUGAAGUCCCAACUUGGAGUGCUCCAGUUAGUCCUUUGAACAGUCCCUUGGUGAGCCCGAACAAUGGAAGACAUAGUGAUUUCGUUCAAUAUUGUUACGUGUGUCCCCCGCCAAGUCAAUAUUGGUCGGCACCAGAGAUGGUCACGUCUGAUGCAUCAUCAGGGACGACGCAUCCUGCAUUAUUUGAUUUAACUGCAUUAUCUACUGAUACUUCUCCUCAUCACAGUCCACGAGGUAGAAGUCCUAACCAAAAUCUCAGGAGCCGAAGUGGAGCUUCCUCGCCAAUACGUCCCAGGUUAUCUCUCGAGACCUCAGUAGCACGUCGCGACUUCAAUGCCCCCUCUCUCAACGUUCACCCCUUACCAUUGCCUCCUGGGGCACCCUUGCUUUCCCCAUCCCCUAAAUUCUCCCCCACUGUGCCUAAGUUAGAGUCCUCCUCGAUGAAAAGCCAAUGGCAGAAAGGGAAACUAAUUGGGCGUGGUACGUUUGGAAGUGUUUAUGUGGCUACCAACAGAGAAACUGGAGCAUUAUGUGCGAUGAAGGAAGUAGAAAUAUUUCCCGAUGACCCCAAAUCCGCCGAGUGUAUUAAACAGUUAGAGCAGGAAAUCAAAGUUCUUAGCCAGCUGAAGCAUACAAACAUUGUGCAGUAUUAUGGCAGUGAAAUCGUUGAAGACCGGUUUUAUAUUUAUCUGGAAUAUGUCCAUCCUGGAUCAAUAAACAAAUAUGUCCGUGAACAUUGUGGCGCCAUAACAGAAUCUGUUGUUCGAAGUUUCACUCGUCAUAUUCUUUCAGGCUUGGCUUACUUGCAUAGCAAAAAAACAAUUCAUAGGGACAUUAAAGGGGCUAACUUGCUUGUUGAUUCUACUGGGGUUGUUAAGCUUGCUGACUUUGGGAUGGCCAAGCACCUCACUGGACAUGCAGCUGAUCUUUCUUUAAAGGGAAGUCCAUACUGGAUGGCUCCUGAGCUUAUGCAAGCAGUGAUGCAAAAAGACAACAGCUCAGAUCUAGCUUUAGCUGUCGACGUUUGGAGUUUGGGUUGCACAAUCAUAGAAAUGCUCACAGGGAAGCCUCCUUGGAGUGAAUACGAAGGAGCUGCGGCUAUGUUUAAGGUUAUGAGGGAUACCCCUCCUAUACCUGAAACAUUGUCAUCGGAAGGUAAAGACUUCCUGAGGUGCUGCUUUAAGAGAAAUCCAGCAGAGCGGUCAACUGCUUUAGCUUUACUUGAACAUCGGUUCUUGAAAAAUGCACAACAGCCUGAUGUUUCAUAUUCUGUGCAGUCUCAUAAUGGAAUAAAUUUGACGGUGAAUGACAGACCCCUUAGUCCCAGAGGGCAAUCUGAACAUUUAUCUGAUCAGUUGCUAACUACUAGUAUGCAAAUUGCAAAAGGGAAGGGCAAUGAAAGGUGACUAGAUGGACAGAAACCGCAGUGUAACUAUUGACUUAACAUUGGUGUCAAGGGGAUUCAUCCCUUGCAAAAACCGAGCAAUUUGUAUUUACGCUAAAAUCUCAGAUUGCAAGACACAUAAUCCAAUCCCUUCCAUGAUUGUCUCUGGCUACGUCAAAGUGGAAACAGUAAGAAUGGUAUUCCUAAAUAACCGCAUUUAGGGAAGUUUCGUUUGCUAUUCCAGAUACUUAGACCCAUCGCUGUAAUAUGGUUUACCUGGACCCUCUUGUAGGUGAGUUGCAGCUACUGCUUGGUAAGCUUCUUUCCCUGAGUUUCUCAUUAAUGCCCAUUUGCCUCCCCAAAAGUACAAGGGCUUCUUCAGUCUGGAAGUCAUGUUGCAUGAGAAUAGAAGCAGUUUUUGUAUAAUAUUGCAUAGAGCUCUUCAGCAGCAACAGAAGUGUGUACGAUACAUUUUAUAAAACAUGCAUGUUUCUCCUGACAGCAGAAUGGAGUCCAAAUCGAGCAUGUAGAUAUUAUCCCUCUCGCUUUCAUAGGGAUUUUGAUGUGGUGACUUUAUUGGCAUUGUCACUUGCUAAUGCUAGUUAAAUGGAUUCUUGUACAUUGUAAUAAGGCCUAUUUCAAAAUCUUCAGUUUUGGAAGCUGGUAUUUUUUCUGGUUACUGUUAGGAUACCUAGUAAAAAAUCUUAGCCACGUGCUAAUCCAAUACCAUGGAAGAAUAAAUUGUUGAUUCCUUCUAGGAACUGUAUUCUUA